AUGUUCCGCGUGUCGCUCAUCUUUCUAUGGCUGGUGCAAUGUUCUCUGCAGAAGCUCGAGACCUGCGCGACGGUAGACGAGAACGAGUUACUGUCGCCAGGCCAGAUGCGCAUGGUCUGCAUGCACCGACAGCAGUGGCUCCGUGAUCGAGAUACCCACGCCUCCAAGGCUUUUGUCGGCCACACCUCCGGUUCGCCCAACUUUUUUUUGUCGCUAUCAAACAAAAAAUAAGAAGUUUUCAUAUUAACAUGGGAAGAUAGGUGAUACUUAGUUAAUUAUCAUAUUCAUCAAAGAGUAUGUCUAAUAACUCGGACAAUUUUUGUUGGCAUCGACUAAUUAGAUAAGAAACGGUUUAUAAAUAUUUGAUGACAUGCAGUUUUGAAUACUUUUUUCUGAGGAUUUUAUUUGGAAAAGUAGUAAUACUCUUGGAUACAUGUUCGAAUAAUAGAAAAACAUCGGACUUGCAUAAUCGAAAAAUGAAGAUGACGCAGUUUUCCAUAGUUUUAACUUCCAAACCCGUUAUGGACUUCGGGAGAUUUUUUUUCAAUUCUAUAGUUUAAUAUUUAUUGCUGAUUCAUCCUGCUGAGUUUUUGUAUUUUUUUUUUUUGGAAGAAGUUGAGUAACAUCAAACUUAUCUCGAAUAGAGAAUUGCUUUUGCACUCUCAAUUUUUCUCAUUUUUUUUCCCCAUUUUUGCUUUGUUUUUCUCAUUUUUUUUUCAUGUAAUUCAAUUCGUUAUUCAGGGUUCUUUUUUGUCAUUUUUCACGAGAAAAUUUCCUCUGGGCUGAUGCUAACUAAAACAGAAAUUCCAGCUAGACAUAAAAUGUUUCAUACAUAACAUUUCUGCAAAUAUUUGUUUAUAACUUGAUUCUACUAUUUUGGUUUUUAGGUUGGAUGUUGAUUACACUUGAUUUCUGAUAAUUUUCUCAUAAACUUCCGAAAAAGAAAACACAUUUUCUGACAGUCGGUCGUGAUUCAAUUUACCUACUUUUUCGGGUGAUAGCACGUCCUUCCAAUCAAGACGACCGGUUCUCAUCAAUUUUUUUCUGUUGUUCUUCUAUGGUUUACUGUUUCUCAGAAAUCUAUGUCACGGGACCGUUUUGAGAAAUUCUAAUCUAUUCAGCAAUAUUUAUUUAUUUAUAUAUAUUUUAUGUUUUGUUUUUUUGUUGUUAUUAACAUAUGUUAUCUGUAUAGGCGAGAAACUUCUUUUCUUUUUUUUGCACCCCGGUCAUCUUGUAAAGACUCAAAUCAGCGAUGACUGUACUUUUUGACGGCCCGCACAAAUAGACAAUAUUUCUGAAACGAUUUUUUUUCAAAUUGCUAUCAACAAUUCGUUUCAGAAAUGCCAAAGUUAUAGAGGAUGGUGGAUGUUUGUUUCAUUCGCUGAAUGAAUCAAAGUACUAUUUAUGUUGAAGCCUCCAGAAUGUUGUUUAUUCUUCAAUUUUCAGAUCUACAAGCGGCAUAUCUACGAAGGAUCGAAUUAUGUACGCGCGAGAACUGCGUGCGAGACGCUCGAAGAAAGGUAAAAAGAAAAACACUGAAACGAGCGGGAAUCCAACACUGGGCUUCAAAAACCGGGCUGAGCGUUCUGUUUCUGGGCCAAAAAAGGGAGCGAAAGCUGCCUUUCGAAAUAUCACGUUCCGUUUUGACCAAAUGGCUUGCGACAACCAAAAAAGGCAUGACAAAGAAAGAUUUCUCGCUUUAUUUAUUAACGUUUUCAUUCAUUAGAAUUUCAUUGAUGACCGGUAACGUUAUCGAAAUUUUGAUGGUUUACGCUUUCUCAGACUUGCUUUUUUUUUACCUAAAGGGUUUUGUAUCGUCAAUAUUCCAGUUCAACUAUAACAAGAAGUGUCAAAACAGAAAAAAAAAAUGCUCACAUUGACAGGUCCUAUUAAUCUUAGUUCAAAAAUAAUUAUUUAGAUAGUUUUUUUCAGAGCGCCGUGAUUUAUUUAUUUUUUUCUAUUCUAGAAGUAUUCAAAGAGGAAAUAUUUUACUUAAGAGAAAUAUUUGACAAUAAACAAAAAUAUACUCACUACUGUAGUUUUUUUAUUUGACGUAAAAAAAUAGAGCAGUAGCGAAGUAGAGCCUGAUUAGAGUGGUGUUUCAGAAGCGCACUGCUUCGAAAUCCAUCCGGAAAGAGAUCCGGAUGAUGUCGCCAGAGGAGUUGGAAGACCUCGGCAGAGCGAUGAACGCCCUCAAAAGCCGUGUCAUCGACAACAUCACGGCCUGGGACCUUCACACUCUUGUUCAUUACCCUGAUAGUGCUCCAGGUUACUUUUUAAGACUUUUUUCUUCUCUCCUUAAAAUCGUUUAAAUUCAUUUGGGAGUCUCCAAUCGGGACCAUGAUUUCUGAUAGAAAAAGGAGUUUUACAAUUUAAUGUUAUUUUUUCUUAUGAAAGAAGAGAAGUUAAACCUGAAUGUUCUUUACACAAACCAUUGCCUUUAAUUUUCCCGUUGAACUUCAGGAUAGUUUUCCUUCAUUUUUCUAGCAUGACGCGUUUUUCAAUUACGGAUGAUUUUUUUUUUCAUUAAGACGGAAAAAAUGAAAUAGAAAUUUUUUGAAAAACCUGAGAAGCAUUAAAAAUAGGGAAAAGGGAGGUCUGAAAUUUUACUAUGAAAACAAACUCACGGUGGUCCGUGAAGCAUACUUCUUAUUAGAUACGUUUGUUUUUGUUUUUGUUUUUUUUUUUGAAAUGCCAAGCAGACUUUCUUGACAAGUAUCAACCCAUAAAAAAAUUUAUUCGCUUUCUGCCUUGUAUUUCAACGAUUUAAUAGAAAAAAAUUCUUCAAUAUGUUUUCUAAAUAUCUCUUCAGGAGCUCACUGGGGCCCGGCCUUUCUUCCUUGGCACCGCGAGUUUUUGCGGCAGUUCGAGAUCGCCCUGCAGACGGAAGUGCCCACCGUGACGUUGCCUUACUGGGACUCGACUCUCGACCAAGGUCUCUCCUCUUCAAUUCUACACAAUCUCGUUCUUUUUUCUGUUCUUAGCUGAUAAUGAAAUGAUAGUAGGGUGUAGUAGUAACAUUCCGCUGUGAUCGCAUAUUUGCGCGUCGAUACACAACAAAAGGAAUGGUUGAUUGAUCAAAAGUAGCUGUUGCGCAAGUUUCUUCUGAAAAACGGAAGCUAUAGUUUUAAAAAAAGUUGAAAAGUUUGAAAGGAGUAAAUUAUCUACGUACAGUUCUAAGAUGAAGUGCCGUUUAGAUUGUUCUUUGAAAAAUUCUGCUCUUGAGAAGGAUUUUAAAAUACCCUUGCUAGAUUUUUUUUUGUGCUGAAUUUGAAUCGUUUUCAACACCAGCUCAUUCGUUCUUUUUUCGUAACUAACUAUGCUCUCAUUGCAUGUUCAAGCUCGUUUUUCACUUUGUUCAAUGGAACAUCUAAUAAACAUGACUAAGUUGAAAAGAUUUUUUUCUUUUUUUUUGAAUAAAAAAAAGCUAUAGAAAGGGCUCACAAAAAAAUCUGUGUUGCCGAACUGUUCGCGUUUUUAUUAAUGAAGAUGGUGUCAGAAUGAGUUGAAAAAUGGUUUCAGGACUUCCGGAGGAGUCUGACAGUGUGUUAUGGACCGACGAAUUGAUGGGAAACGGGAACGGGUACGUGAAAACAGGACCUUUCAAGGACUGGUCCACCAACGUGUUCAUGCCUCUCAGCCAGGUGCCAGUCAAAAGAUUAUACAGGUGUGCACUUUUUUUAAAUUGAAUUUACAGCUGAGGCUCCGUCUUCUCCUUUAUUUUCCCUUUGUUAAGCUUAAGUUUUAAUAUUUCGACUUUGAAGUUCCAUUUUAAGAAUAUCAUCAAAGAGAUGCCGAAAAACUUUUACAUAUUUAUUGAGUCGUUGCAUAAUCAGUGCUGAACUCAUUACUUCGAAACUUCCGCAGGAACCAUUAAAAUUUCCUAAUUUCGAAUGCAAAGAAAAUCUUCUGGACACAAAGACGUCAUUUCCUAUUGUCGUAGGCGGCGGUCAAACGAGUUUUUUGCGCAAAGUGUUUGACUUGAAACAUCGCUUCACGCCCAAUAUGUUCUUAUGUAAGAGUGGAAAGCGAGGCUUCCAACUAGAGGAAAAACUGCGAGCUGAGUGGAUCAAAUCGCGGCGAAUCGAUGACGCGACUGUUGCAGAUCAACGGGCGGCCGCGAACACGACCGGCUGAUGACGCCACGAGACGUCGACUGGAUCGUCACUCGCAAGAACUACAGGUCAUCCGCGUCCACUACUAUAUCUAAAUUAUUUCGAAUCUUGAUUUUUCGAGUCUUGUUCAAGCUACAUCUUUUCAUUUUCUCAGUUAUGAGUAAUAUAAAGCCAGCUCAAUAAGUUAUCUGAAAUCUUGUGAAUAUCAACGUUAUUUUUGGGUAGGUCAACAAGAAAUUGGCGGAGAUAUUCAGAUAUGAAAAAAAAGACUAGGAGACGUUCUGAAAGUUAAAUAUCAAAAGGAUGUCGAGAAAUAAUAUAAAGAUUUGUUAAUUUAUGAAAAAAAAAGUGUUGAAACUUCAAAGGAGCAUUAGAAAACCUACAAAAAGAUCUUGACGCGAAGAUUCUUUCCAAUUACAAAAAACUUCGCAGAAAUUUUGGAGUUUGUUCUCCUUUUUCUAAAUUAUUUUUUUUCAGUCAAUUGACGUUUUGUCAUGACAAAACCUUCGAAAGUAUGCAUGGACUGAGCCAUGUCUGGGUCGGCGGAUUCAUGUUUGUCAUACGGUAGACUCUCCGACUUUAAAUAACCGUUGCAGUAGUCUUUCAGAGUGAGUCCGAACGACCCGACGUUCUACAUGCAUCACGCGUUCGUCGACUACCUCUGGGAGCAGUUCCGACGGAACAGUCAAACGAGAGAAGAACGCGAGUCGCAGUGGGCCAAGGUAUUGUCUCGGUCGGUCGAGAUUGUGCCAAUCGGAGGAACUUUCAGAAGACGUGCAACGACAAUCACGGCUUCGACGUUCAGAUGAAGCCUUUCACUAUUCAGAACCGCGACGGCCUCAGCAAUCAAUACACUGACGAAUGGUUCGUUUGACUUCAAACCUCUUCGAAAAGAGUUUGAAAGAAAAAUCUACAUGAAAUUUAGUUCAAAUUUGGAACACGACUGAUUAAUUCGAAAUAAUUUAAAGGUAUGAAUACCAGCCAGUGAGACAUUGCACUCCUGACGAGCCAACUUGCGAAUCUCCUUACUACUGGUGUGACCAAAAGCUGUGGCGUUGCCGAAGUAAAGUUUGUAACUGAAAGCUUUUCUAGUUGGCGCAAUCUUGAUUCAGGUCGUUUACGGAGGAAACUGUACGGGGUAUGAAGGCUCUUCCAUUUGCUACAACUCCGUUUGCAGCAAGGUUUCGAAGGACUUUUGUCUUGUUUUUAUCAGAACUUGCAGGGCGAAUGCGUCGUUCCACCUCGUGUCAGAAGCGCGAUGAAAAGCCGAAUGGAAGAGGAGACGGUGCCUUGGAACGACGUCGUCUGGACCAAGACGAUGUUCCUCGACGCCGUCGGCCAGGGGAUCGACGACGAAAUGGCGCACGUCGUCAUUACCGACCUCGACACCAACCACACCACCACUGUGUUCAGCUUUGGGUCCACUUCUUAUCCAGAGCUGCCGGUUUCGAUGUAUCUUUCGACUGAUCUUGCAACGAGAUGGUUCAGGGAACAGUGUACCUGAGCAUUCCGAAGCCGUUGAGCGGCAUGACGACUCAGGUGUUACUGGAGGCUCGAGACCAGCACGGAAGGUACUGUCAAGCCCAGUGCUUCAACACCACCAUAGAGCGCUACCAAGUCUGUCAACCGACUUUGAAAAUUGGUUUCCGAACAGAUUCUUCGUCGCCCAUUGCCUAUACCCAUUCCAUGUCCUCGAGGAGGUUUCUAAAAGAGUCACUGUUGACUCGAUAUUUUCAUUUUAGGUUUCUGGACGUCGAUCUUUCUCUCCAUCCCAGACAACCUGCCGUUUCACCUCCUUACAUCGUAUUUGCUUGCGCUAGGAAGGUCGGUGUGUUCAAUUGGCAGACCAAUUUCCGAUUCUAGAGAUAAUUCUUGAGCGAAAUAUGAAAAUAGAAAGCUUGAGUCAACUAAAAAAUUUUUUCUGUCGGAUAUUUUGUUUAUUAUUUAUUUUUUUUUGAAUUCGGGUUUAAUUUGGAUUUUGUUAGUGAAGGAACUUCUCUUGGCUGUGUAGUCAUGCUAGUUGUGUUUUACUUAAGUUGAGGUUAAUAAUCUGGAAAGAGUAAAGAAACAAUCGGUUAUGUUUCGAAUGAUUUUCGAUCGAGCUAUCCAUGCGGACAAUUAUGCUCACCCAUCCCUCAUUCAGUUGGUGACGUCAGCGAUGAUAAUGGCGACAGGAGAGCGUCUGAGACCGCCCGUGUCGACAGACGAGUUGGUGUGGUUCCGCGUCGCAGUGCAUCGCAGUCCUUCGCAGAACGUCCAGAUCGAAGCGACGCCGUCGGUCGGCGAGCCCUGGUCUUCCUCCAUCCAGAAAGCCGCCUCCUCGUUCGAUCCAAACAUAGUCUUUGUCCAGGUUCAGCCGUAGAUGUCUCAGUUAAGAAGAAGUGAGUUCAGGCUCCGAAUCCCGAGAUAAAUCGCGGCGGCGUCCGAGUCAAGGUUUCGAUUCUGGAGGACGGGCAAAGGAUCUCUUGCAUUGUCAAGUGUACGGCGGUCAGUUCCUUCUCCAUUUCUGUAUAAUAAUUUUUGUCGUUUUUCAAAAGGUUCAAGUUAUACCAACUCUCGAAAAGUUUUAUAAAGGUUGAAAGGGCCAUGAGUUGAAGUAUAGAAGUACGACACAAUCGGAUUGUUGCAGACCAAACUUAAAAUAUCUAGAAUGUGACAUUUUUUUUUUCUUCGUGUAUUUUGACUAGAGACGAUUUUCUUCAUUGGCAUGGAAAAAAUAUUCGCGUUAAAAAAUUAUUUCCAACAAUGGAGAAGAGACACUCGACUUUUUUGAAGAAUGUUUUUUUCAUAAUAAAUCGAGUCCAGAACAGUUGUUGAACGUUUUUAAUUGAAAUGAGUGAUUGGUUUGAUUUGGUUGAAGAUAUGAUCGGUUAGGCUGGAACUCACACUUCAUCGAGGAAUCUCACCCAAACGGCAUAAAUCUGUUCGAGUUUUGAUACCAUUUUCUUCUCAGAAUUCUGAUUUAAGCCCGAAUUUAUUGAGAAGAUCGUUGAGGAAAUCGGAUCUUUUCAGCGCGACGGAUCGGUGAAGACUUGCGACGGCGAGGUGGAGCUGCACUCGGACCCGAGUCGCUCCGAAGAGGACGUCUUCACGACCGACGCCUCGGCCCUGCCUGUCCUUGGCUGGAACAUGAAGGGCCACCCGACUCAAUGGCGACAUCGAAUGCCUUAUCUCUCUUUCACUUGCUGA